AUGGCUUCAAUACUCUCGACCCGAGCAACCAGGACAUUCUCCUGUUCCGCCUGCCACUCUGUCGCCAAGCCCGUCCUCCUCUCCAAGCGUGGAUUGUCGACAUUCGCCGACCAGACACCAGUCGACUACGCAGAGAAGCCUCGAUGGUCCUACACUCCGCCCCGAGCGCAGGCUCCGUUCAGCUUGCGAUUGAACUCAAAGAGGCGUGACUUCCCCGUCAACUCCGACCCGAAAGUUCUAGACCAGUUCUACAUCCGCAUGCUGGGCAAUGACGGCGACAAGGUUCUCUCCGACGAGGUCAAAUGGCUCGCUGUGACACAUAAGAGUUUUGAUCAGGGUCGGAGAGGGUUCAAUGAUCGUCUGGCUUUUCUAGGGAAACGAAUUGUUCAACUUCAAGCUUCUCUAGCUUUGGUACAAAGCCCUGGAAAUCCUGCCAAUGCUGCUCCGGAUGCAUUUGGACGGGAACCUUUCUCUCAUGCGGCAUUGGAUGGCCUGAACAACCUUUCCAUCAGUACGAAGAACUUCCUGACGGAAAAGUCGAAACUCGCGGAGCUUGCGCAGAAGUACGAGAUGGAGAAGGUUCUCAGAUGGAGUCCGAGAAAGCCCAACAACCUCGCUAGCUCCGGGAUUGAGCUCGUCCUCGCCCAUACCAUGUACGCAGUGGUUGGAGCCGUGUCUCUGGAGAAGGGUGGGCACGUUGCCAACAAGGUCGCCCGGGAGCGGAUACUGGCACCGCUGGGAUUUAAGAUCACUGCUUAG